AUGCCUCCUGACAGUUCAUCAUUCGGUCGACUCCACUCGUACAUCUUCUCCCGUCCCGACCUCGAGGCAAAUUUACGCAAUAACCCCAACGCCAUCCUCUCAGCUAUCGACGAUUAUACCGCGGCUCAACGAAUGAUCACUUUCGGCUUACUCAAGAUCACCAAGUGCCGUGAGCUCCUGUCCCAAAUGGAUCCUCCACCCAAAGUCCUCGUCGAAUUGGGCACAUAUAUCGGAAACUCAGCCAUUGGAUGGGGCGAAAUGUUGCGGUCACUGAACCCCACAAAGGCUGGAUGCAGAGUCUUCACAUGCGAACUCGAUCCGACCUUCGCCAGCAUAGCUCGCGACCUGAUCGAUCUCGCCGGCCUCAGCGAUAUCGUGACUGUGCUUGAAGGUGCCGCCGCCGCCGACAGUCUCCGAUCGCUCAAGACCGAGGGCGUCGUCGACAAAGCUGAUGUAUUGUUCUUCGACCACUGGCAAGAGGCGUACUUGCCGGACCUGAAACUUUGCGAGGAACUCCAACUCCUCCGUAAAGGCAGUUUGGUUCUUGCGGACAACACGGCUAUACCUGGAACGCCGGAUUAUAACGCAUAUCUCGCUUCUGGCGAAGGACCUGUCAAGUAUCAUAAUGUACCACACGAGACGUCUGCGAAGAAUGCUAAAAUCGUGCUAGCUUCCACGGUUGUCGAUAUCUGAUGGCCAGUUCGGAGCACGAGACGAAUGAUCUGGUGGAAUGAGAUUGAACC